UCAGAGUUCAGCCACAGCCAAACAAACCCAGUGGAGUCCUGGAUAGGAAAGUUUUUCAUUCUAGGUUUUGUGGUCUUAUCACUGCUGUGGAAAGGGUUUCAUCUACCUGGAUCAGUCAAGAACAGAAACACUGUCAUGGGCUAAAGACUCCGAAAGGGCAGCAUUCGCCAGUGACGGGUCAAGGAAAGACAAAGUCCCACAGCAAUCCGUUGGUCUGGAACCCAUAUGGCUGAUUGUAGUGCAGUCACCUUAACACGCCUCAGAAAUCAGGUUUCACUCCAAACAGGAUAUUUCAGAAUCCAUAACACGAAAUCAUGUUGGGGAAAAAGCUGGUGACUGCACAGAAGAGAGGAGAGACAAGGGCAUUAUGCCUGGGACUAGGAAUGAUUGCAUGCUCAUUAAUGAUGUACUUAUUUAUUGUUCUCACCAUUGUGCCAUUCUACAGGGAAAGUGUUUGGACCAAAGAAGUUACCUGCAAAGUGAUCAAAGCUGAUAUCAAGGACAAAUGCUCAUUCAACAGUGGUGCAACCAACAUUUUACAGUAUCCCUGUCUAGAGGUGCUGGUGGAUUUGAACUUCUCAGGAGAAAAGGUUAUGCUCUACCAUACUGAGGACACAAAGAGAAGAAAUCCCAAGUGCUCCUAUGUUCCAGACAACUCGGAGAAGAACAAAGAAGGCAAAGUAAAAAACGUUACAGAAAACUUCAGAAAGUAUCAGACUUUCCCUUGUUACUACGACCCAGGAAGAGAAGAGACAAGUGUCCUCUUAACGAGGCUAUAUACGCCAAAGGGCCUUUUGUUCGUUUUCUUCUGGCCUUCCCUUAUGAUGACUGGUGGAGUGCUGGUUAUCAUCAUGGUGAAAGUCAGUCAAUAUGUUUCUGCACUUUCUGCUCGGCAACACUAAACUAAUAGAUCAUCCUCCACAACACAAUGAGCUCAAGUUCCCUUUGCCCCACCCUCUAUCCCCUGUAUUUUGUAAUUCUUCAAAAUGUACUAUGUUCAGUGGUCAGAGUUCUAGUGAAGAGAGACGUUGUCUGAGUGUAUAUACUGUGGUUUACUGCAAGUCAGACAUAAAAUAAGACCAAUACGUGAGGUUCCAGGGAUUGCACAAGAACUAUUCCAUGCUUUUUGGGUGGUAGUUUUUUGUUUUCAGACAUCUGUCAAUUUUGUGGCGGGUUUGAGUGAGUUUUGUUUUACAAAAGCGAGGUUAAAAAUUCAGCAUUCAAAGUUGCUGACAAAGAGCAUAAUGUACAUUUGGGGGUUGAUUUUCAGAAAGUCGAGGUCAGACAUCUACAUGCAUCUUUCUGUGCUGACUUUACCUACACAGUUAGGGCACAUCUACACUGUGCGGAAAAAUCAACAUUGCCAGUCAAUCUUUUGGGGUUUGCUUUAGUAGGUCUAGUAUAGACCCACUAAAUCAAACCCAGAGGGCGCCUCCAUUGGCACCAGUAUUUUUGAUCGUCAUGAGGAGUAAGGGAAGCCAAUGGAAGGGUUUGCUCCUGUCAACCUCCCACUGUGUGGACAGUGCAGAAACAGGAUGUAAGAUAUGUCGACUCCAGCUAUGUAAUUUACAUAGCUAGAGUUGAACAUCUUACUUUGACCUUCCGAUGUAGUGUAGGCCAGGCCUUACUGGAACUGUGUUCAUAAAAGGCAGCAGGCUUUACCUGAGAGUAAAGGAGGGCUGAUUGCACAAAGUACACAAAGAUGUGUGUGGUAGUAUGCAUGAACUGCAACUGUCACUCUUCUGAAAAAUCAAGCGUUUAAUAUUUACUUUUAUAGGAUUCUACACACACCAGUGCGCACGCGCGCACACACACACACACACACACACCUGUGCACGCGCACACACACACAAAAUGUACUUUUUAAAGGGGUAGAAUUUUUGUAAAGACCAACUUUUGCAAUUAUGCGCCGCUGCUUUGGUUCAGUUUUGGAGUAGCUACAAGGUCUGCCUUUGAAAAUGCUCUUUUUCCACCUGUAACUCACAUAUAAUAUUAAGAAGUCAAACCAAAGAGGUUAAAAAUAUGUGAAGAUUGUGUACUUCAAACCAUCAGCAAGUUGUGUGGAGAAGGAGUACAAUGAAUUCACAUGAGCUUGAGAGAUAAGGAAGGGGGUAGAGACAGGAAAUGAGAGAGAGCACAUGUCUUGCCUGGACAAUUUAAUAUCAACAAAGAAAGGUCUGAUGCUUACAAUGAUGAACUGUUCUCUGAAAAGGACUGUUGCUCUCAACUCAGCUUCCAAUUCCCUGCAGUGUACAAUGGGAAUACAAAACACACUGUAUGUAAUGUGUUUGACUGGCACUUGUGACAUGGCUAGCACAGGGCCUGUUCUGUGAACAGAUGUGUCAGACUCACACACACAAAAAAUCAGAGUUAGGCCUCAGAUUUUAAGUCCAUCGAGUGCCUUGGAAAAAAUAAUUCCAUUUUCACUGAACUGUGACAUUUCUGACUGUCUGUUGUAGCACAAACAAGGGGCACACUGAAACAAUAAAAAAUCUCCACACAUUGUAGCCUC